AUGGAUGAGCCUUCCUACUGUUUUUACAGGAAUGUUGCGCAGUUCUUGUUGACAAUCUUCGACCAUCAGUCACAGCCGAGAAAUGUCACAAUGCCACAACAACCGCCGGCGGCAGCUCCACGAAACGUAGCCGCCUCGGCACGAUCCGCCAGUAGCAUUAUAGUGCAGUGGCAGCAACCACAAGAAGAACAGUGGAGUGGCGAUAUUUUAGGGUAUAUUGUGCGUUAUCGACUAGCAGGUUAUACACUUCCAUGGAUCGAGAAAAAUGUCACAACUAAGGACGCACGUAAUACAGCAAUCGAUCAGUUGAUUACUUGGCGAGAAUAUGAGAUCCAGGUAGCGGCAUACAAUCAUCGUGGCUUGGGUGUGUUCAGCAAGAGUAUCUAUGUAACAACUGCAGAAGGAGUUCCAACCGAAGCACCUAAGGAUGUGGCUGCGAAUGUACUCAACUCCACAGCUGUGGAGAUUAGUUUCACAGCUCCAAAUCAACAGCGAAUUCCUGGUGUUAAUCUGGGCUACAAGAUCGAGUUCUGGAAGGGUGCACCGCAAUACGGCAAUCUCUAUCGGCGAGUACUAGUAGAUCCAACAUCGCAAGAUCUACAUGUGACCAUUGGUGGACUGGAAAAAUAUGGUCACUACAACGUCACUGUGCUCUGCUAUACUUCGCCAGGAGAUGGUCCACGUAGUCAUCCUAUUCUUAUUGUCACUGACGAAGAUGUUCCGGAUGCUGUUAUUGGACUAAGCAUCACCGAUGUGAUGUUCAACGGAGCUGUUGUGACAUGGGAUUUGCCUAGUAAUCCAAACGGUGUAAUUACGCGAUUUGUGGUGCGUUAUUGGAAUGAUGCAUCUCCUGACGAUAAGACCAUAUUGGAAUUUGAAGGAACACAGCGGAAUGUUACUAUUAACGGACUGACUCCAUCGACACGUUACACAAUUGAUGUUAUGGCGUCCACUGUGAAAGGCGAUGGCCCACGUGAAGAAACGAAGUUCGAGUCAGGCGUUCCACCUGAAAUACCUGGUCGACCGAGCGCUCUCACCGUGUCCGAGAUACGUGCAAGAUCGGUACAGCUGAAUUUCGUUCCCGGAUUCGAUGGACAUUCAGCUAUCCGGCAGUGGAUUGUUGAGGCAAAAAUAGCUGACUCUAGUGUUUUCAAAGUUAUUUAUAAUGUAAGUGCUCCCAAAGCGCGUUCAUUUUCGGUCAACGGACUUCGACCAUUUACUCGAUAUCAACUUCGUCUUAUUGCAGAAAAUAUAAAAGGGCGCGGAGCUCCUAGUGAACCUUCAGUAGCGUUUGAGACAAAGCAGACGAAUCCGGAGACCCCAACUUCACGUUUAUUCGCAGAGCCUCUUUCUUCGAAAUCACUAGCGUUAUCAUGGACACCAUUGUUGGCGAACCAGUGGAAUGGGCAACCGAAAGGAUACCUUAUACUUUACAGAAAGGCUGGCACUAGUUAUUGGCAUGAAAUUCGAAUACCUUCACUGCGUGCAAGUGAUUUCGUUCUCCGAGACUUACGACCUUUUACUGCGUAUGAGGUACAACUAUUCGCCGAAAAUAUGUUUGGACGAAGUGCAUCAUCCGGUGCAUCUGAGACAAAAACCUACGAAGAUAUUCCAUCUGGUGCACCACGUAAUGUUCGAGCUGACUUAGAUAAGAAAGGUGGUUUAGUAGUACAAUGGGAUCUGGUAGACGAAGGUCUAGUCAAUGGGAAUGUCCGCAGUUAUGUGGUAAUGCCAGAGGCACCAACUGGCGUCGCAUUCUCUUUGAUUAGUGAGGCUGAAGUGAGACUUAAGUGGACGCCACCAGAGAAUCCAAAUGGAAAGAUAAAGGUGAUUAAAGUUAAGAAGUUGUAUCAUGAACCAUCGUAUCAUGUGUCCUACUGGAAAUCAACCGAAGAUCGAGCCACCGCAAUCAGAGCCCCAUUGUCAUCGACUCUUUUGUUUUUCACAGCGAACGUGUACGGUUACUUCUUGGCUUUAGGCUUAGAGGCAAAUCAACAAUACACUUUUGCUGUACAAGCCGAGAACUCUGUUGGAGUUGGACCUGAAUCUGUAGUGCAAGUAGUGACGAAUUCUGUGAGAGUUCUAAUUCAAACACUUCCUUCAAACUUAGAACCUGUACAAAAUCCACCUGUACCUAUUCGAAAUGGCAGUGCUAGGUAUGAAGCAGACAAAAUUGCCAUCAGAUGGGACGACGACAAUUUCCAAAAGGGUGAUGGGACUCCUGUUAGAUUUGUACAGGUUGAAUACCAAAAGUCAAAUACUGAUGAUUGGAUCGCUUUGGACAAAGUCAUAGCUGGAUGGAAGAGCGCACACUUAAAUCUGUCUAGUGGUUAUUUUUAUAAACUUUGCCUUUCUGAAAACUACAACUAUUCAAAUAGGCUCUUACCAAAUUCGGACUAUCGCUUUCGUAUUCGUUUCCUCGGCGAUACAUCGCAAUCAGUCUGGUCAGCCGAGUCGGAAUGGAUGCAAACAUUGCCUGCCCAACCAUCUACAGCUCCGACAUCGUUAUUAGGAUCACCAUACGACUCAACAAGUCUUCUGUUACAGUGGACUACUCCUCAAAGAGAAACAUGGAAUGCGGAUGCCAUCGGUUACCAUAUAGCCUUCCAAGAGUAUCUGUUGUCAGUAGAUAACGAUACGUGGGCUACUAUUGAAAUUCCACCGAAUAGCACAUGGCCUGUGAAAUCACAUCAUUUGCUACAUAACUUGGCAAGUUUUCGGCACUACAUAAUUCGAAUGAGCGCAUUUAACUCGGAAGGAAAUGGGCCGUUCUCAUCACCUAUUUUCAUCUAUGUUGGGUAUUCCAUUCCGAAAAAGAGUGUUUCAAACGUGAUCGUGGAUCCUCUUUCUUCCACUUCAUUGUCUGUUAGGUGGGAUCCGUGGUCGGUGAACGAAGACGAGGCAAUCACUGGUUUCAAGGUUCGAUUUGUACCUGUGACUUCUGUAUUAUCACCGUCGAGUCAUGAAGAGGAGUUAAUGGUUGUGGAAAAUAACAGCUGUAUAAUCACCGACCUUCGGAAAUACACUGAAUAUCAGUCUUCGUUACGGGUUUGUUUAUGCCGUAAUAAAAGACGGUUCCAGAUUUCUAUUACUCCAUAUAAUCGUGCCGGAGAAGGUAAUGUAGCGCAAGUUCGGAUGCGAACGUUAGAAGAUGUCCCAGGAACAGUGGGAGCAUUGAAAUUCUCCGACAUUUUGCUCGACUCAGUCCACGUCUCAUGGAAACCACCAGUGGAACCGAAUGGCGUGAUCACUGGCUAUAUCGUGAACUACCGUACUUUCAAAAUGAAGGUAACUCUGAAACAACUGAUGAUUCUAUGCCAUGUGACCUCCUGUUUCCAGGAGGAGUUCAAAAAAGAGGUACAAUCUCGGACGCAGCAAACAUUCUAUCCGGCGACAAAUUUAGAAGAGGGUGUCACCUAUUUCUUCGCAAUUUGGGCUGAAACGUCUGCCGGUAGAGGGACAGAGGUUACAGGCAAUGUAACAUUGGGGCCAAAUCCUGGUGGCCCACCUGCACCAAGGCGUUUAUCGCUAACACCUGGCCCGUCGUCUGUAACGUUGGAGUGGAAAGAUGAUAAAAGGGAAGACAUUAUUGGACAUUUGAUUCAGGCUAAACUGGUAUCGAAGGAUGUCAGUGAUGUUCAAUUUAAAAAACCAAAUAAGCGUUCUGUUGGGCGACCCACGCAUAUUCAUGGUAUAUGGGUGACACUAAGGGUGGUUGAAGGUACUGGGCAACAGCAUGAGGUCAGUUAUCGCGAACUAGAACCUUCAAGCUUCUAUGUGUUUCGAGUGUUCGCUCGCAAUGAGCUAGGAAUUGGCAAGGCAAGCGCAGAAAGCGAACAACUGUUUGUUCCAGCUUUCAUCCCAGAAGAUCCAUUUUACACGACAUGGUGGUUUAUCGUUAUGGUGGCAAUGUCAACUUUUGUUGUAAUUGUGCUCCUUAUCGCAUUUCUAUGUAUCACUGGUUCUGCUGCAAAAUACAAACGCGAUAAACGUCAUUCUGUGGACAGCCUUCACUUAGCUAAUGGGAACUUCGUAGCGUUCCAGAUGGAGGCUAAUCAUCGAGAUCUACGAAGCAGAGAGAAGAAUGUCAGCCGCCUCAAUGGCUACGCAAAAGUGGGCAGAAAACAUCUGUUCUUGUACGACUCGGAAAUGCAAACCUAUGAAGGAGAGGUGAUCAUCGCUUUCACGCUCGCUUUUAAUUUUUAUCUAUUUAUUAAUUUUUAUCUAUCUAUCUGUCAGGACCGCCAAUGUCUUCCAGCUUUUAAUGAAAUAUCAGGGAGCGGAUAG